GGGUCCAGUGUCUGGAUCUUGGGAAACAAGUCAUGUGCUACUGUCAGCCAGGUUUCACUGGUGCUCGAUGUGAGACCAACAUUGACGACUGCGCCAGCAACCCCUGUCACAAUGCUGGCACCUGCAUGGAUGGCAUCAAUGACUUCAUCUGCACAUGCACUCUGGGCUUCACCGGCAAGGACUGCUCUGUACRCAGCAGCCCCUGCAGCUCCGUUCCUUGCAACAAUGGUGGCACAUGUUACACUCACUUCACUGGCCCUGUGUGCCGGUGUCCGCCAGGUUUCAUGGGUGCACACUGCGAAUACCCCUUCACUGGUUCAACACCUAAACCUCCACCAGUGGACGGUGGCUCUCCUGCACUGGUUGCAGCUAUCAUCCUGGGUUUGGUGACUCUGACGCUGCUGGUGUGUGCCAGUGUCCACAUUCUGCGUCAGCUGCACCAAGGCAGGAAGCUCGCAGCCAUCUCCAGAUCAGUAAAGAAUGAUUUAGAGACAGUGAACAACCGCAAUGCUGUGAUUGAUGAAGAAGGUCCCAACAAUGGGAGCUUACUGGGGGGGCCGCUAGGCACUAUGAUGGAAAAGAGGGCCUUUCUUAAUCCUGGAGCUCAGUACAAAAUGUUCAAUAAGAACACAGCUCUGGUGGAGAAGAACAGGGCCAACAUGGCCGUGUUUAAAAACAAAAUGGCCGACUGUAAGCUAGCAAACGAGGAGCAGCACCUGGAGAAUAACAAGUUUGACCCUAAGAACUGUGACUCAGCAGUCAUCGGGUCUACUCUCAGUUUUACAAAGGAAAAUCUGUAUCAACCAGUGCUUCUCAUCCCAGAGCAGAAGGAGCCGUGUGUGUUUGCCGCCGAGGUGAGAGUCUAACCAUCACAUUUAGGAUCCAGCAGGGAUGGAACACAGCUGGGUUUGUAAACAAACAUUAAGAAUUUGGUGGAUAGAAGCAGUA